CGAAGCUUUCCAUCGAGAAAUGGGUUCGAUAGAAGCUCCGAGCGCAGAGAACGGCUCCGCCUCCGGCAAUGGAGCGCUGCCGCCGGAGAAUGGCACGACGGCCCCGGAGACGGAGGCGUUGAAGAAGCGAAAAGCGAGCGUGCUUCCCUUGGAGGUCAACACGCGCGUUAUGUGCCGUUGGAGGGACGGGAAGUACCAUCCCGUCAAGGUCAUCGAACGCCGCAAAGUUCCCACCGCUGGCUCCAGCGAGUACGAGUAUUACGUCCAUUACACCGAAUUUAAUAGGAGGCUUGAUGAAUGGGUGAAGCUUGAACAACUUGAUCUUGAUUCGGUAGAGACUGAUGUUGAUGAGAAAGUAGAGGACAAGGUUACGAGCUUGAAAAUGACACGCCAUCAGAAGCGGAAAAUCGAUGAGACGCAUGUGGAGGGCCAUGAAGAGCUUGAUGCUGCAAGCUUGCGUGAACAUGAAGAAUUCACAAAAGUGAAAAAUAUAUCAACUAUUGAACUUGGAAGAUAUGAGAUUGAGACAUGGUACUUCUCCCCCUUUCCAGCAGAAUACAAUGACUGUUUGAAGUUGUAUUUUUGUGAGUUUUGCCUCAAUUUCAUGAAGCGCAAAGAGCAGCUUCAAAGGCAUAUGAGGAAGUGUGAUCUUAAGCAUCCCCCUGGUGACGAGAUAUACCGAAGUGGUACACUCUCAAUGUUUGAGGUUGAUGGCAAAAAGAACAAGGUUUAUGGGCAGAAUCUUUGUUAUUUGGCAAAACUGUUUCUUGAUCACAAGACCCUUUACUAUGAUGUCGAUCUUUUUCUGUUUUACGUUUUGUGUGAAUGUGAUGAUCGAGGAUGCCAUAUGGUUGGAUAUUUUUCCAAGGAAAAGCAUUCUGAGGAGUCCUAUAACUUGGCAUGCAUUCUUACUCUUCCUCCUUAUCAAAGGAAAGGCUAUGGAAAAUUUUUGAUUGCCUUCUCGUAUGAACUUUCCAAGAAGGAAGGUAAAGUUGGCACGCCCGAAAGGCCCCUUUCUGACUUAGGGCUGCUGAGCUACAGAGGAUACUGGACCAGGGUGCUUUUAGACAUCUUGAAAAAGCACAAGGGCAACAUUUCUAUCAAGGAGCUAAGUGACAUGACAGCCAUCAAGGCAGAGGAUAUUUUAACGACCCUACAAACUCUAGAAUUAAUACAAUACAGGAAAGGGCAGCAUGUCAUCUGUGCGGAUCCGAAGGUCCUGGAUCGUCAUCUAAAACAAGCAGGCCGUGGCGGUCUUGAGGUUGAUGUUAGCAAACUGAUCUGGACUCCAUACAAAGAGCAAGGUUGAUUAGACAACAUCAAGUUGUCCAGAUUAAACUGUAGACUGCCUUGCUAUUACGCUACACCUCGUUCGUACUUUGGUUUCUGCUGCCCAUGACGUGUGCUGAACCACUGGUACACAUGAAAUCAGCGCCUUCUUUCUCGGUUCUUGUUUGUAUUGAGAUCUAAAUGUUGAAGUCCUCGAGUGAAACCUCAAUUUUUAUGUCAAUUUUUACACGCACACACACAUAUGUAAUGUAUAUAUAGUAAGGAAAAAUUAUUGAAUUUGGAGAAAAGUUAGGGUAUGAAGUAUUUUUCGUAUCUUUUGGAUAAAUGAGGUUAAACUGCUUGAUUCGUUCUGUAUGAAUGCUUCUGGUCUUUUGAACUGAGCCCGGAAAUGAUAACCUUUUACUGUUUUUAUUUUUUCCCUCCUUU